CAAACUCACUAUCACAAAUAAAAAAAAAGUGUCCAAACCGUAUCCCCAAUGCCAUACCCCCAGCCCCUCCCUUUCCCCCUCUUGCACAAAUAUAUACAUGUGUGUCAAUAUUUAUAUAUAUAAUGAUACUACUACACAUAUAUAGAGACUCACAUUAAAACCUUUACAACAAAACUUACAAAUAUUUUCCUUAUCCAGAAACCCCCUCAUAAACAUAAACACAAAAAACUUUCCAAACUUCACCAAGGAAAAACCAAAUAAUAAUGCAAAUGAUGACGACACAAGACGAAGGAUUAACGUUAGAACUCAUAAGACGACAUCUCCUCGAAGAUUUCACAAAUACAGAAUCAUUCAUCAACAGUCUCAAUUCCUGCUUUUCCGAUCAUAUGUCUCCUGUUUUCAUUACUUCGAUAGUAAAAACUGAGCCAUCUACUUCCACAUCACUAUCAGAUUCUCCCAAUUCCUCAUACCUAAACGAACCCAACUCUCCAAUUUCCCGUUACUUCAAUCUCCACUCCGAUUUCCCCGAAUUCAAAAUCGAUUCAGACAUCAUCCUCAGCCCAACAUACAGCUCUGCCGUUUCCAGCAGUACUAAGGAAAACAAAAAUAACGAACUCAAGACCGCAUUCAAAACAGAUUCAGACAACAUCCUCAGUCCAACAUACAACAGCUCUGCCGUUUCCAGCAGUACUAACAAAAACAAAAAUAACGAACACAAGAACGCAUUCCAAACCGAUGCAGACAACAUCCUCAAUCCAACACACGACAACAACUGUGCUAUUUCAAGCAGCAUUAAGGAAAACAAAAGUACCGAAACUAAGAAGAAUUACAGAGGAGUGAGGAGAAGGCCAUGGGGGAAAUACGCGGCAGAGAUAAGAGAUCCAAGUAGAAAAGGAUCAAGGAUAUGGUUAGGUACAUUUGAUACGGAUGUGGAUGCUGCAAGAGCUUAUGAUUGUGCAGCCUUUAAGAUGAGAGGAAGAAAAGCUGUACUUAAUUUCCCGUUGGAUGCCGGAAAAUCCGGUGCUCCGGCAAAUAUUGGCCGGAGAAGGAGAAGAGAUAGCAAGAUGGAGCUGAUGGAGGUGCUGAAUUUUUAACGUUAUUUAAGGUGUUUUUACUUUCAGGAGAAACAAAAUGUGUGAUGUUAAUUACUUAAUUACUUAAUUGGGAGGUAUUAGAGAAAAUAAUAUUGAUAUUAGCUUGGA